GAGGAUCUUCAAUCGUCUGCAGGCACUGUCAUCCGGUGAAUUCUGAAGCUUUCAGACCCAGUGGUGACAAGUUGGUUAAACUCACGGUGGUGAGACUCUUUUGCAAGAACUCGGCUAAAUGUCGCUUGCCACGUUCUCUACGAUCAGAUCAAUUGAUCGAAGUUCGUAUAAUCCACACGCGUGGAACGUCAAGUUGACUCUCAAGUUGAACCUGACCUAACGGUGCGGGCCAUUGUGCACGUCCAUUCCUCCAAAGGCCAGUACUUGUCUGCCUACGAUGGGUUAUCGGUCAAGCGACCCUUUUGGUCUCAAAGAUGCAAUUUGGUACGUCUUCGGCCCUACAUCCGCGCUCCUGAAUGUAACCGAAUAUGCUCUUGCCAGUUCUUCUACGCCUGCAAAAGGCGUAACCCAUAGGUUCUUGAAGUUUCUCUGGAGACCUUGGACAACCGUCUGGCUCUCCGUUCCCGCAAAGUACAGAUUUUGGACUUAUCAAGCUCUGGAACGCAUUGGCGAAAAGCUUUACGAUAUGCGUCCAGGGUCUGCAAAACGCCUUCCAUUUGGCCUCUAUCUGAAGUUCGGACCGGUAGAGGGACUGAGAUCCGAGGCCCUCGCGACAAUGUUCGUCGCGUCAAAUACCACUAUACCAGUACCCACGGUACUAGACUUCGUAGAACAUCCUAGAGGUGCAGCGAUGAUCAUGACGUGUCUUCCUGGAACCAGCGUCAGUCACGCUAUCCAUAGCGGCGAGCUCCCUCGCGAAGAGUUUGAAGCUACCAUGCAGGACUGGCUGUCGCAGUUACGUGGAUUACCAACACCCUCACAUGAUAUUGUUGCCAGCUUCGAUGGCAGUAAAUGUAUGUGUCAUCGAGUACUCGAUACACGCUUCGGUCCAUUCCCGAACAUCGCCGCUUUCCACGAAUUUCUGUUCUCUGGGUUGGAGCACCUCCGAGAGGUUACAGAGAAAUCAUACAGUAAACCACACCGGAUAUGCUUCACACAUGGCGAUAUACAUAUGCAAAAUAUUCUCUUUUAUGACGGCAAGCUAUCGGGAUUGGUGGACUGGGAAUGUGCGGGUUGGUACCCGGAAUAUUGGGAAUAUAUAGUGGCGAUCUACCACACCAAAAAGCUACCGUAUUGGGUGGAUUCGUUUGGGAAUAUUUUCCCUCAAUACGCUGAUGAACUUGCUGCUGAAAGGGAGUACUGGAAGCUACCAUGGUAAAGGUCCUUUCCUCCUCCGUUGCCGUCUGUAUUACUGCAAAUGUCAUACCACAUACCCAGCUAUCAGUAAUGCAUUAUGUUAAGGUUGCUGAUUGCAUAUAGUAUCAGAGCGUG